UGGACGGGACAGGAAACAACACGGAAGAGAUCCACGGUGUUCAACCAUGGGCUGGUAUAAAAAAGAGCCCUGUGUCCACAGUUGCGGCGCCUGACUCGUCCGCAAGAGAGUGAUAUAAAAAAGAGCCAAAUGGCUAGACGAAUCAAGUCCGGUAUGGGCAAGUGUCAAGUGAUCCACACAUUUGUCAUUUGUUCAAGCUAGGAUGCCUUGGAUGAACGAUUCCAAGAGAUUCCGAAUUUUCCGAAGGAUGCCAGACAUGCCUCAAGAAGACUUGGUGCGUAUCAUUGGCGUUUGUAACAUCUCUGAGCAAGAUGUGGUGUGCCUUGAAGAAAUGCUAGCAGGGACUUGUCGAAGCAUCGUGGCUCUCCGAUCUUGGUCAUUAUCGGUGAAAUCUCAGGAGUUCAAUCCUCUCAGGAGUCUUCAUGGUCAGACCACGCACAGAGUUUUUUGUCCUGUAUUUGAGACCGGAAUGUUCUCAUCACACAAAAAAUUGGUGACCUUGUCGCUGUCUUCACUUGGUAGAAACGCUCCUAUAUAUCUUUCGAAACACCCAAUUCAUUAUUAUGGGUUUGGGUCACAUUGUAUCGAAAUCAACAGAAUCUUUGCCCAGUGAUGUAGGAAUCCUCGUGGGUUUCCGGCAACUGGCCCAGGAUUUCAGUCUCACCUCUUCGCUAUUCGCUACUGCACUUGGGAGAGAGUAAGGUGAGUAAGGUGAGUAGGUGGACUACUUGACUACCUGGUCCUGGCCUGUUGAGAUCCUGGCUCUCCGAACGGAUCAUCUUUGGCUCCGUCGUGAAGGCGGACCGUCCUUUCGGGCUCCGCCAAACACGCCAUGCUGGAGCCUAUACGACGGGUGGUGGCUCCUUUACGACGUGCGGACAGGUUUCUUCGCUGCUGAUGUUAGCAUUUGGCUCCUAUAUUCUCUUUGAUGCUUACCGUUUGAUGGUUGAUCCCGUGAUCAAUUUCGAAGUGGUGCCAUCGUCCAAUUUGCCCAGUUUCUGCAUGUGCUGCGACAGUGGAGUCCGAUGCGCCAGUGCCUUUGCCUACGUGGCGGCCUGGCGGAACCUGCACCUCGAGCAGUUUUUCCCGACCUCAAGCUUCGUGAGCCCUUUUACUCCUUUAGCUCCUCCCUCGAUUGUGCAUGUGCUGACCUCACGCAGUUUCUGCAUGGAACAGUCGUGGCAGGCAUGACAUGGCUAUGCUGGGACAUGGAGAAUCCCUUUGGGGAACUUGAGCUGCGACCAGAACGAGGGCCAACAGAAACGGUCGAUCUUCCCGGUGCCUCCCAAAUCUGGGGUGAGCUAAAGCAAAAGAAAUUUGGCUACGACUAUAUGUACACCACCACUAUCGAGGACACCUUCACCUUGGAUGUCAAGAGAAGAGAAAACCAGCCGGCCAACACAUCUCUCCCCGCGUCGGGCGCCUAUGUGGAGUUCACAGACAUCGGCAGUGUCGGUGUGAAGGCCAACUUCAGUACCUUUCCGUUCAGCGAGCACCUCAGAGGAUUCUCGGUGAACUUUGAUAGCACUGAAAGGAGCAUCCAUCAGUAGCAUUUGGGCUCUCUUCUUCAUCAAAACGAAUUCCCAGCACGAAAUCACCCAGAUCUACGAUGCUCGCACCCUGCGCUGUGGCCGCUGGAUCUCUGGAAUCCUAUGGCCUGCCACGGUCGAGCCGCUGCCCGAUCCCGACACCGCGGUGGAGACCGGCGGUGUCCCGGACUCGCCCAAGCCGAGCUCGCCAAGCCGAACGGCGACCAGCCACGGUUGAGCGCCGGACAGCCUUGCGUUGAAAGAGCCCAAUCGGCCAGUGCCCAUCUUGGCUCGGUUUUUCUCGACCCUCGCGCUUGGGGCACUCCACUUCAAGGGAGUGCCCCUUGACAGACAGAUCUUGACAGACUCUUCCGGUUUCACCUUUUGUGGCAUCUCAAGGCCGGCUUAGUCGUACCCGUUGUUUGCAGACCUUGCCAAAGAGCUGGGAUAGGUCGGAUAGGUCGUAGGUGUCGCAUCUGCAU